AUGGAUGCCCUGACAUCACGUUUUUUUUAUUCUAGCAACCUGACUGCGCGCAGAUUGGCAGCAAAUUUGAACAGGAUCCCGCACCAAAACCAUAGCCAUCUGUGUCCGCUUUCGGCCCGAUUGGCAGCGGAAACCGCGCAGAACCUGCCGCGCAGAAACUGCGCGCAGCGAGAUCUGCUCGAUUUCUGCUACCGAUUUGCCGUUCAAAUCGCUCCGCUGGAUUUCUGCUGA